AUGUCUAAAGCUCCAUCGUCAGAGGAUACAAAGACCAAUGUUUUUGAGUAUGCGAGGAAAUGGGGUGAAAACCCAUUGCCUCCCACUGUGCUGGCAACUCUGAUCACAGCUCAACACGCUCGACCUCUGCAAAAACUUCCUAUGGUCUUCGCUCCCCUAUUUCUGUUCACCUCGUACAUGAACCUAGGUGGUUACAAAACGGAGGCCGCAGGAACGUCAGCCGCAUGGAGCGCCCUCUAUAUGCUCCUAGCCAGCCGACGCAAACAAAGUAUUAAAUCGACCUUCUCUGUAAGAGGAGUCGUAAGAGGGGCGACCAUGGCCACAUGCGCGGUGCAAGUCGCCGGAGGUGCACUGGCAUAUCUUACUUGA